GACCGCCAUUUCUUCUCCUCCCGCCUGUCAAUGUAGGCUCACCUAGCCAGCGCGUUCUCUCCCUCCGCUCCCGCAGCGUCGGCUGCCGCCAUGGCGUAUUAGAGGCAGCAGUGCCUGCGGCAGGUUGGCCUUCGCAGCGGCGGCAGCAGCACCAGGCUCUGCAGCGGCACCUCCAAGCAACUUAAGCCAUGGCGCUUUUCACGGCAUCCAGCAGCAGCGUUGCUGUAACCGACAAAGACACUUUUGAAUUGAGCACAUUCCUCGAUUCCAGUAAAGCCCCACAACAUGGCCGAGAUGAGCUUCCUGAGCAGCGAGGUGUUGGUGGGGGACUUGAUGUCCCCCUUCGACCAGUCGGGUUUGGGGGCUGAAGAAAGCCUAGGCCUCUUAGACGACUACCUGGAGGUGGCCAAGCACUUCAAACCUUAUGGGUUCUCUGGUGACAAGGCUAAGGCGGGCUCCUCCGAAUGGCUGGCUGUGGAUGGGUUGACCAGUGUCUCAGAUAACAGCAAGGAGGAUGCCUUCUCCGGGACAGAUUGGAUGGUGGAGAAAAUGGAUCUGAAGGAGUUUGACUUUGAUUCCCUGUUGAAUAUGGAUGAUCUGGAAACCAUGCCAGAUGAGCUUUUGGCCACGUUGGAUGAUGACACGUGUGAUCUCUUUGACCCCCUAGUCCAGGAGACUAAUAAGGAGCCACCCCAGACAGUGAACCCAAUUGGCCAUCUCCCAGAGAGUUUACCAGAAUCAGAUCAGAUUGCCCCCUUAACUUUCCUGCAACCUCUUCCUCUAUCCCCGGGUACCCUGUCCUCCACUCCAGACCAUUCCUUUAGUUUAGACCUAGGCAGUGAAGUGGAUAUCUCUGAGGGAGAUAGGAAGCCAGACUCUGCCGAUUAUAUUAGCACAAUCCCUCAGUGCAUAAAGGAGGAGGAUGCCCCCUCAGAUAAUGACAGUGGUAUCUGUAUGAGCCCAGAGCCCUAUUUGAGCUCGCCCCAGCAUAGCCCCUCUACCUCCAGGGGCUCCCCAAGUAAGGGUCUAUUGUCUCCAGGUGUCUUGUCUGGCACUGCCCGCCCCAAACCCUAUGACCUUCCUGGGGAGAGGGUGGCAGCAUCAAAAGUAAAAGGUGAAAAACUGGAUAAGAAGCUGAAAAAGAUGGAGCAGAACAAGACAGCAGCCACUAGGUACCGCCAAAAGAAGAGGGCAGAGCAGGAGGCCCUCACUGGGGAGUGUAAAGAACUAGAAAAGAAGAAUGAGGCUCUGAAAGAGAGGGCAGAUUCUUUGGCCAAGGAGAUCCAGUAUCUGAAAGAUUUAAUAGAGGAGGUCCGCAAAGCAAGGGGGAAGAAGAAAGUCCCCUAGUUAGGGUAGUCAGGAGUAUGCUUGUACAUAAGAGGCUUGUGCUAACUUGUAAUAAAUUAUUUUGUAGUGAAAGUUA